CCCGCGGGCAAACUGAACCCCAGUCUUCCGACAGCACUCUUCCACCCCCCAAAUUUCUCCCUUCAACCCCGAAAUAAGGGUUUCUGCUUCUCUCUUUCCACUCCUGAAAUUAAGCAUCAAAAUUGAAUUGAAAUCAGCUCUACUUCCUUCGAUCUUUGCUGAAUAAAGAAAACACAAAGAGAUGGCGAAGACGAAGCCGGGGAAAAAGGACCUUGAUUCUUACACUAUCAAAGGGACCAACAAAGUUGUCAGACCUGGCGAUUGUGUGUUGAUGAGACCAUCUGACUCAGACAAGCCACCAUAUGUGGCAAGAGUUGAGAAAAUUGAGGCCGACCAUAGGAAUAAUGUGAAAGUGCGGGUGCGGUGGUAUUACCGCCCUGAGGAAUCAAUUGGGGGCCGCAGGCAGUUCCAUGGUGCCAAGGAGCUUUUCUUGUCUGACCACUAUGAUGUACAGAGCGCUCACACCAUUGAAGGAAAGUGCAUUGUUCACAGCUUUAAGAACUACACCAAGCUUGAGAAUGUGGGAACGGAGGAUUACUUUUGUAGGUUCGAGUACAAGGCUGCUACUGGAAGCUUCACUCCUGACCGUGUUGCUGUCUAUUGCAAGUGUGAGAUGCCUUAUAACCCAGAUGAUCUCAUGGUGCAAUGUGAAGGAUGCAAAGACUGGUUUCAUCCUUCUUGUAUGGGUAUGACCAUUGAAGAAGCAAAGAAACUGGAUCAGUUCUUGUGUUCUGAUUGUUCAUCUGAUGAUGAUGCCAAAAGGUCCUUGAACUCAUUUCCUGUGUCACCAGCUGCUGAAGCAAAGGUGGAACCAAAGCGCAGAAAGAGGUGACAGAGUGCUCUUGAUGCAUCAUGAGGUUGUACCCCUUUCCUUGCAUAGUAGCACCACUAUUUGUUGUAUUGUGGAAUUGUACAGUGCAGAGAAGAUACUGAGCUUGAAAAAUGCCAGAGGCUUUUCCUAAUUUAUGGUAACUUUGUUAUCUAGUAAUCCUGUCUGUGCAAAAACUAAGUGAUUAAAAUACUGCUCAUCUUUGUCUUCUGCACAAGUGCAAUUAAUGUGACUCCCCCUAAACAUGCAAACUGUUUUCGUAAACCAUUAACCCUAUUUCUGAGAGAUCGUAAAUGUAUUUUGAAGUAUUCUGAUUCUAA